AGGCUGAGAACUAUAUGUGGAGGGAUCAAGCGUUAUGCAAUUCCACUCUCUCUCCGUUUCCUGCAACGAGCCCUAAUUCAUUGAAUCAAUCGGGCAGUAUUAGUAUCUGCAGCAGCUGAGGUCAGGUCGGGUUGCGUACUCGGUGUUCGCGGCGGAAGAUCUCGCUCCAAUCGUCGCAUCAACUCCUGCCAGCGGCGGUGCUGCCUUCUUCCCGAAUUUGUUGAUGAUCUCCCGUCCUGUGAGUUCCUUUCACCACUAUUCCUCACCACUUUAUUCGUUUAUUCCAGAAAUUGUAUUUGCCGACAGAAGUUUCGACUUUGUUCGAGUGUGUAUUAUUUGGGAUCAGGGUUGACACUCCCGUCGGGUUAUACAUGGAAGCAUAGCCAUUCCUAGGAGAUCAAGGGAGAGAGAAUUCAACCAUGGGGACAGAGAAUUCUAAUCAUGCCAAUUUCCCUCAGAGACCUGCUGCACCCUUUGCUGCUGCUUCUCAGAGUACGUCGUCUUUUCUAUCAUCGGGCCCUGUAUUUGGAUCCGAGGCCUCUGCCUUUGCGGCCACACCAGCUGGUGCUCCCCAGGCUACAAGGACUUUGUUAUCAUCUGGUCCAGCUGUUGGAUCAGAAGCAUCUGGUUUUAGACCAAUACAACCAGGUAGAUCCAAUGAUCCAUCCACAACACCGCCACCAUGGUCAUAUGUCCCCACACCGCUAGGAGCUUCCCAGCGCCUCCCAGCACCACAAUUUUUUUCAACAGCUCAAGUACCCCCUCCACACACUUCCCCUUUGGGUCAGCCAGUUUUUUCGCAACCAAUUAGAACUCCAACAGGUCAUGUUUCAUCUCCGCCAGUUUCCCUUUAUCCACAACAGCAGAUUCCAACUGUGCCAAUGGGGUCUCCGCCUCAAAGCAUGAACCAUGUCCCAUCAGGCAGGAUUGUUUCUCCCUCAUCCUUAGAUUCAUCGUUUUCUGCUCCUAGGCCUACCUUUCAGCCAUUGCAGUCUGGUUUUCCUGGUUAUCCUAGCAAGCAGCCUACUGCAGUUACACAGCCCCCAUCUAUGCAAUCUGCCCCUUUUGUUACCCAUCAAGGCGGUUAUGGUCCUCCCCGACCUUCAACAUCUGGUCCUUUUCUUGCUCAUCAAGGAGGUUAUGUUCCUCCUCCACCAGUUGCAGCUCCACAAGCUGUCUAUUCAAGGGAACAAAUGCAACACCAAGCCUCUGGACCUCCUGUGGGGUCUGUGCAGGGCUUGACAGAAGACUUCAGUUCUCUCUCUCUUGCUUCCAUUCCUGGAUCACUUGAUCCAGGACUUGAUUCUAAAGCAUUACCAAGGCCAUUGGAUGGUGACAUUGAGCAGAAGUCCUUCGCUGAGGCAUAUCCCUUGAAUUGCAAUUCUAGGUAUCUACGACUUACAACUACUGCCAUCCCAACUUCUCAGUCAUUGGUUUCAAGGUGGCAUUUGCCUCUUGGUGCAGUUGUUUGUCCUCUUGCAGAAGCUCCAGAUGGGGAGGAAGUGCCAGUAGUUAACUUUGCCACGACUGGCAUUAUCCGUUGUAGAAGAUGUCGGACAUAUGUGAACCCAUAUGUGGUAUUCACAGAUGGUGGAAGAAAGUGGCGCUGCAACAUCUGUGCUUUACUCAAUGAUGUUCCUGGUGAUUAUUUUGCCCAUUUGGAUGCCAGUGGCAGAAGAAUUGAUUUGAAUGAAAGGCCUGAGCUUACCAAAGGCAGUGUGGAAUUCAUUGCACCAGCUGAAUAUAUGGUGCGGCCUCCAAUGCCACCACUAUAUUUUUUCCUGAUUGACGUGUCAAUUUCUGCUGUCAGAAGUGGAAUGCUUGAGGUUGUAGCACAAACUAUCAAGUCUUGUUUGGAUAGAUUGCCUGGGUUCCCCAGAACCCAGAUUGGGUUCAUAACAUUUGACAGCACCAUACAUUUUUACAACAUAAAGUCAUCUUUGACACAGCCUCAAAUGAUGGUGGUGUCAGAUUUGGAUGAUAUAUUUGUUCCUUUGCCCGAUGAUCUUCUUGUCAACUUGUCUGAAUCAAGAAGUGUGGUGGAUGCUUUGCUAGAUAGCUUACCUUCCAUCUUUCAGGACAAUCUGAAUGUGGAAUCUGCUUUUGGCCCAGCUCUUAAAGCUGCAUUUAUGGUUAUGAGCCAACUUGGUGGGAAAUUGUUAAUUUUCCAGAAUACACUGCCAUCUCUUGGCGUUGGCCGCUUAAGGUUGCGUGGAGAUGACCUACGUGUUUAUGGAACAGAUAAAGAGCAUGCAUUAAGAAUUCCUGAAGACCCAUUUUACAAACAGAUGGCUGCUGAUUGCAGUAAGUGCCAGAUAGCAGUGAAUAUCUAUGCAUUCAGUGACAAGUACACUGAUAUAGCCUCCAUAGGAACUUUGGCAAAGUAUACCGGUGGUCAAGUAUACUACUAUCCAAGCUUCCAUUCAACCAUUCACCAGGAGAAGUUGAGUCAUGAAUUGGCCAGAGAUCUUACAAGAGAAACUGCCUGGGAAGCUGUCAUGCGCAUAAGAUGUGGAAAAGGUGUGAGGUUCACAUCUUAUCAUGGGAAUUUUAUGCUUAGGUCAACUGAUUUAUUAGCACUUCCAGCUGUAGACUGUGAUAAAGCUUAUGCAGCACAAUUGAGUCUUGAAGAAACAUUAUUGACCACUCAGACUGUAUAUUUCCAAGUCGCCUUGUUAUACACUUCAUCUUCUGGGGAGAGGCGUAUCAGAGUACAUACUGCUGCAGCACCAGUGGCUGCAGAUUUAGGAGAAAUGUACCAUCAGGCUGAUACUGGUGCCAUUAUUUCUUUGUUUAGUAGGCUAGCAAUUGAGAAGACUCUGUCCUAUAAACUGGAAGAAGCUCGAAGCUCCAUUCAACACAGGAUUGUCAAGGCCCUCAGAGAAUAUCGAAAUUUAUAUGCUGUGCAGCAUCGCUUGGGGGGCAGGAUGAUAUACCCAGAAUCACUCAAGUUCUUGCUGUUGUAUGGGUUAUCACUAUGUAAAUCAGUGCCUCUUCGUGGUGGAUAUGCUGAUGCGCAGCUCGAUGAUCGCUGUGCUGCAGGCUACACCAUGAUGGCUUUACCUGUUAAAAGAUUGUUGAAGUUGUUAUAUCCUAGUUUAGUUCGGGUUGAUGAGUACCUUGUGAAGGAUAUUUCUCAGUCUCAUGACUUCAACUUUUCAAGGUUACCACUCACGGCAGAGAGUUUAGAUUCCAGAGGCCUUUAUGUUUAUGAUGACGGAUUUCGGUUUGUUGUAUGGUUCGGUAGAACACUUUCUCCUGAAAUAGCUGUGAAUCUACUUGGGAAGGAUUUUGCUACAGACUUUUUGAGGGUUACUCUGAGUGAGCAUGGUAGUGAAAUGUCAAGAAAGCUGAUGGGAAUACUGAAGAAAUUUAGGGAGACUGACCCGUCAUAUUAUCAGCUACCUCAUCUUGUAAGACAAGGUGAACAACCCAGGGAAGGUUUCUUUCUCCUUGCAAACCUAGUUGAGGACCAGGUUGGUGGUAUGAGUGGCUAUCUUGAUUGGGUUAUGCAAAUACACCGGCAAGUGCAACAAAAUGCAUGAUAGAGGCUGGGGUUUAUCAUUGACUUGUACCAGCUUUUUGCCCUUCCAGGCAACCAAAUGUUCAAAUUGAAGUAAGAAAUAAUAUGGGUUAGCUCUUCCUUCACCAUGGGUGGUUGAGUUGAUGACAACUGGUUGCGGAGUUACCUUACCUCUGGAAAGAAGAAUUUGUUGGUUUAUUGGCAGACCAGACUGAAUAACAAGAAGGGGCUAUGCAUUUUGCCAAUGUGAUGAUCUUCCAUUCCUGUUUUUGUAUCUGAAAGAAAGAUCCAAGUUCUUGUGUGAUAUCUACCUUCCUUUUUAACUUUUCAUGAUUUCCUUGUGACUUUAACACUCUACAGCUCUUUUUAAUUUUAUUUUUCUUCUAGGGUGGGUUAUGCGCCCUGUGCUGAAGAGAGUUGCGCAAUGUUGUUGUUCAUUUACAUGCUUUCAUCUUCAGAUAUUUAAAGGGGGAUUUUCUUUUA